CGUCUUUCAUUCCAGUACUAGAGUAUGAAUAAAUCAUUUAUAAAAUCAACUAACAGAAUGCCUUUGUUUACUUAUCUGUGGCGUUUUAAGGUGCUUACUCGCAGGAGCUGAAGUUCAUCAAAAGCCCAUGGUCUACGCCAUGCCUGGUGAUCAAUGACUUCCUGUACAACUGUCACGGUACUAGAGGGAACAAGGUGUACUGGCGGUGUCACAACUACUCUCGAAAGAAGAAGGAAGAACGAUGCAGGGCUAGAUGCGUGAUUGUGAAUGGCAGGCUGAGCGCUCUCACAGGAACGCAGCACAACCACGAUCCACACACGGAGAAAAUAGCCAAGAUUAGUCGACGUAACAAUAUGGUUGAUGAAGUACUAGAUGCAGCCAGGGCGGAUCCACCGCCGAGCUAUCUCACUAGUGGGCUUUACAGUUCAAGUUUUUUAUCCGGAGGGUCUACUUUGCUGGACAGCGGCUCCCCGGAUAUCGGUUUGAUCAAGAUCGACGUAUUGCCUAAAUUAGAAGACUACGGCUUGCCAGUUGAACUAUAAACAUGUAUUUUUAAGCUGAAUUUUUACCUCUGAAUCGCAAUAAUAGAACUAUCAAUGUUCGUGAAGCAAUACAAACCAACGUGUUUUCGCUGAUUUUAAAAUUUUCCAUCGUUUGAUUCUAGUACUGAUAAAUCCAUUAUUUCUUUGUACAGUUUUAGAUUUUACCCCUGACGAUGCCGCCGAGUGCCGGACGUUCAUAAGAAGCCAGCGUGGGGCUCCCUUGUUGGCCCUCGAUAGUUUUAUCUACCGGUGCGAACGGGUUCGAAAAACACGCUCCUAUUGGUUGUGCAUCCGUUACAAGAGCUCCAAGUGCAAUGGUCGCGUAAUCUGCCAGGGCAAUAAGAUUCUCAAGAUCACACAUCACUGCCACGCGAACGACGAGCAGCGCAUCAACUCGUCGAUUCUCGAGGAAACGGAUCUGUCCAACAUCAAUCUGGAAGUGUGGUACAAGCAGACCAUUAUGCACAAGAAGUUUGAGUCAAAGCGGAAAUAAAAAUAAUACAUUCUAGUACUUCAAUACAUACAUCGCUAUUUAUGAUUGAUAUGCCCCAAACACAUGCCUUCUAUUCUAUAACUUCGCUUAUGGAACUAAUGAAAACUUUUCUCGUUGUAGCUUACAUAACGACUACUACCACCACAUCUAGUACUACAAUAGUCGAAAGCCAGAGUGGAGUGCAGAGUGUCUACUAUCGAAACGAUUUGCGGGACCAGUUGUAUCCGGAAGCCGUGCAAUACAUCCGAAGCCGCCGUGGGCACCCGCUGAUAGUGUUUCGAGGGUACAAAUUUCGCCGGAAUGGCGGCUGCAAGGAGAAGGGCUACUGGCGGUGCGCCUCUUUCUGUAAGUGCCCCGGAAGGGUUACCACCGUCGAUGGAACCAUCGUUAAGUACCACGUGCACAACCAUGAACCGCCUUUCAAAGAAUCCGCCGAGUUGUUCUAGGAUUGAGGGAGGCACCAUUUCGAUAAACUGUACCAUAGGAAAUGAUUGUAAUGAACCCCAGAAUAAAUCUCCUUUAGAAUAUUUUAUAGACCAUGACAAUUUUGAUGCCAGAGCAGAAGUUAGAAUUAGUUGAGUAAAUUACGUCUUCUUGUUACUAUUUAUAGAAUGGGAUCAUCAAGGUUUCCGGGCGCUGGAGAAACAGAUAUUCCUUGCCCACGACAUUGCAAACAGUUGGAUGGCCAACGAGAAAAUCAGUUACUGCCAGAGCCAGCGUGGGAGGCCUUUGCUUAUAUUUCUGGGCUACCGGUUCCGUUGAGAGAUGGUGAAGCAAUACAAAACCUACUGGCGAUGUCUGGUGGACAAAUGUCCCGGACGGAUGAUAACAAUGCUUCCAGGGGAUACGCUUCUGGAUUGGAUUUCAUUUUCAGUCAACGAGGGCAUCCUCUGUUGGUGGUUGAUAACUUUCUAUAUCGAAAAAAUCGAGGACAUUACUGGCGCUGUAUUCGAUGUACCAAAUUCAAGUGUCGCAGUCGACUGAUUGUGAAGCCUGGUCAGAAACCUGCUCGUAUCGAAGAUCACUCGCACGGGCCGGAAACGGAGAAGAUUAGUUGGGGCCGGACGGUGAUGGAGAACGUGAAAUCUCAUGAGCAGGGGGAUAUCGUUUUUCGAAUGCGACAACCGCACUGCAAAGUUGAUUAUGUGAUAAACCCAGAUAAGGAAUAAAUCUCUGCCAGCCAUUCUAGUACUUCAAAUCUUUUAUUUUUUAUCGUUUGAACUAGUACUUAUCUGCGGUGUUUUUACCGGAAGUUCUUUUAUCGUUUCAGUUACUGCGAUUCCGUACUGUCCUCCUGCGUUGGGCGAUCGCAAUCCGGUUCCGAAGGUGUGGUACUCCUUUCCGCUGUGCUACGUGAUCAAUCGACGCGGAACAAUGAACCUGCAUUUCCGAGGUUAUAUCUACAUCCAGAAGAAGCGGCACAACCGCACAAUGAACUGGAUUUGUAACAAGAGCAAUACGACACAAUCGAGCUGUAAAUCGAGGAUAUCCACCGAGGGCAACAACAAG